GAUCGACACGGCUUUUUCGUUUCCACUACUCUUUCAUGUUUCCAGCUUUCAUAUUUCCAGUUUCGCCCUUCAGGCGUUCCCACAUAGAUCCAGCUCUUUUAGAUGGGAAUCCAUGGAUUAUCCAUUUCUUCCUCUCUUGUUGUCUUCCAAACGAACCCUUGUCGUGCUUACAAUUUCGAUGUGGUCGGGGACUACUACUGCUCGUCCCGAGGUCUGGAAUGCAACAAUGGACGAAACGCCAUGCCUAAUCCAGGCAACAUGAGCAUUCCACAACUACAAAGGAUAAUUUCCGCAACAAACGAGUUAUUGAUUCCUUUGUUUAUGAGUGGAACACCUUGGAAGACUCGUAGCCACCGCCAAUGGUCAUUGCCACCACCAGUUCUUGUUCCCAGCUUCAGGUAGCUGUACUGUCUGCGGCUCGUUUGUUCUCAGUUGCACCUCGUUUUAGCAGGCGCGUAUCUCUUUGUCUUCAGUCACUACUCCAAGUCCUUAAGAGUGUU